UCAAUGCACAUCUACUGCAGCUUCAGUGUCUAGAUCAGAAAAUGGUCAUGCUGUUUGGACUGAAUAUCUCUUGGGUGUGGUUGCUGUUGUGUUGCUGUCAUGUCAGAGGGCAUGGUGUGUGUCAAAGUUACUUAGUUACAAGAACUAAUUUAACCACAGAGCUGCAGUCUGAAAUUCUGCUUCCAUGUUACUUUGAACCAGCCUUCUCUGGAUCAAUCUUGACUGUGAGUGUUGUGUGGACUCAUAUUAAUACACCAGAUGACUCUAUCGUAGAGAUCAAAGUAAGUGGUGAAGUGUUGUUCUGGAAUCAAAGAGGAAAAAGAAUUAAGGCAUUCCCUAAUCUCUCUGGCUCUGGAAACUUCUCCAUCCUCAUUCGUGAUGUGCAGCGGUCUGAUCUUGGUCUCUAUCGCUGUGAAGUGUACAGAGAGUCCAACUGUUCUCUGGGCUUUAAGCACACACAUCUCAGUCUCACUGCUUUUAAGUUAUCACUGCUGAAUAACUGGCAGCUCAUGUUAGCAGCAGGAGGAGGAGUUCUGCUUCUCUGUGUGUUCACAGCAUGUUGUUACUAUACACGGACAAAAAAAAAAACAGUCUAUGGAUCGGUUGACCAUAAUUCACCUGAAUGCCAAGAUAAUGAAGGACAAGCAGGCUAUGAAAUAACAUAUGCAUCAGUUGCCUAUAAGCCACACAACUCUGUUAACAGCGAUGGACAAAAUGUUGAUGAAAUAACAUAUGCAUCAGUUGCCCAUAAGCCACACAACUGUGUUCACAGCGAUGUUCAUGUGGGUAAUGAUAUUAAAAACAGCUCCACCACAGCAACAGACCAUGUCAUGUGAAUCUAACAAGAGUGGAAGAAAUGCUCCGUAAGACAGCUUAUCAUCAAAAUGAUCACCUCAUCGUGCAUAUACAUUUUUCACAAACUGAAAAUCUGUCUAUAGAGAUGUCAAAAACCACUGUAGCUUGUCACAUUGGGCCCCUUAUUUAUUCUCAUUUUAAGCUAAUGGAGUCACAUCCAGAUUGUGCAUUUUGUAUAUCUGUUUUCUCUUUAUCUGUUAUAUUUGUUUAAAGUCACACUGUUUGCUUAGCUGCUAUAUUGAGCAUGAAUGGGUGUGAAACUAAUCUGAACAACUUUAUCACCUAAACCACUGAAGACUUUGCACCUGUCCACAUACAAACAAACAGGGCCACAGGUGCAGUAAUAAACAAGUGCAACAUCCUGGUUGCUAUCAUAGGUAAUGUAUGGAAAUUACAAAUUAAAGUUGGUAUAGAAAUUAAAUAAUUACAGAAAUGAAUAUAAAGGUACUUUAGGCCAGUAUCCAUUAACUUAUUAAAGUGACUGUUUUUAUGUCAUCUCUAGGUAAAGGCAAUGUUUAAAACUUUAAAAAUGCCCAUAUAAAUUCCAUCACAUAUUAUUAUCGUUUACACUAGCAUAGGAAGUGCACACAUUACACUCAAUAGCCCUACAAAAAAAAUCAUACUAAACAUGAUCCUGAUACUGUAGGUAUGACAAUAGUAAACACGAAGCUCAUCAGGCAAAACAAUUUACCAUAGCUUACAGUAUUAUUAUAUAUUUUCUUAUUUUGUUUAAUUAUUUUUGUGCACCAAAUUACAUGUGUUCAAUUGAAACAUGGCACUUGCAAGGUUUCUAACUCAGUUAAACAUUCUCUUUAUUUUAGGAUAAUCGUGCAAUAUACUGUAGUUAAAUUUGGCAGAUGGCAGGAUCCACACUGCUUCAGUAAUCGUGACUGAAAGGGGUUACCUUUUGCAUCUUUCCUAAAAAUAAAAAUCACAAAUCCCAUUUUUUAAAUAAAUUAAUAAAUAAACAACAAAAAAAGCAACAAUCAUGACAAAGGAAAUGUAGUUGGGAAUAUUGUUUUAUUAUUAUUUCUUAAAAACAAUAAACAGGAAAAGAAACUGUAUUAAAAUAUUAUAAAUAUUUUACAAACUUGUCCACCAAUUCAAAGUCUGGUGGUGUAACCAACAUACAGGUAGUCAUUCUGUUGUAAUGUAAACCAUAAAAACUAAAAUCCAUCAUCACAAAAUAGAUAUUUUGGCAUUUUUAUGAAAAGGUAAAAAAAAUUAAUGAAUAAAUAAGUUGUGAACAUUUGCAUAUUUUCAAGAAGCAAGGAAAAUAUUUGAAUGGAUGAUUAUACCACUUGACAUUUUUCAAACCUAUAAAUAAUUCUUUAUAGAAAAUGUUAUAUAUUUUAUUUUAUUUUUUCUAAAUCUAUGAAACCAACAUGGUCACAAAUAUAAAGUGAAUACAUUUAGAUUUUUAAUGGAUUUCUUAUUUUAAUCAUCUCGGACAACCUCAUUUGUUAAAUUACGAUAUAUGCCAGUAGGUGGUGACAAAUGUAUUUUAUGUUAUAAGUGAGGCAUUGCACCUCAAAAUAUUUAUUCAUGAUUUGAUGCUUUGGCUUUUUUAGGAACUAUUCAUUGGCAAAGAAGAAAUUUAGGAACUGGCUAAUUUUUUGUCUGAAACGGGAGAUUUCUGUAUCGUUUACUUGGUCAAUACAGUUUACUUUUUAACUGUUUUUAAAAAUGUCACAAUUCUGAAGUUGUAAGGCCUGGGUAGCUCAGCGAGUAAAGACGUUGACUACCACCCCUGGAGUCACAAGUUUGAAUCCAGGGUGUGCUGAGUGACUCCAGCCAGGUCUUCUAAGCAACCAAAUUGGCCCGGUUGCAAGGGAGGGUAGAGUCACAUGGGGUAACCUCCUCAUAGUCACGAUUAGUGGUUCUCGAUCUCAAUCUGUGUGUUGGUAAUUUGUGUGUGGAUCGUGGAGAACAGCAUGAGCCUCCACAUGCUGUGGGUCUCUGCAGUGUCAUACACAAUGAGCCACAUGAUAAGCUGUGUGGAUUGACUGUCUCAGAAGCAGAGGCAACUGAGACUUGACCUCCACCACCCGGAUUGUGGUGAGUAACCACACCACCACGAGGACUUACUUAGUAGUGGGAAUUGGGCAUUCCAAAUUGGGAUCAAAAUGUAAAAAUAAAUAAAUAAAAACAAUUCUGAAGCUGUGAUUCGGGCAUAGGUACAGUGUCUGUUACCAACAAACAAAACAGUGUGAAGAAUUUACAUAUUUCCACUGAUCAUGGUAUAAAUAAUGGGUGUUGUUUUGCCUAUGUAGAAUAAAACCAC